CAUAAUAUGGACAUAAUCAAAACAAUCCUUACACACAUACGACAUUAUUUACGACAAUAAUCGCUCCUAAUGUAAAUUGACCACAUUAUCUUUCUGUCACUGUCAAAGCGCAACAAAUUUUCGCAAGCAUCUGCCACACCUCCGUGAAAUUUAAGAAUGGGCUGCGAUGGCGGAACAAUCCCUCGCCGAAACGAAUUAGUAAAAGUCAAACAGAAACCUGAGCCGAGGGAUCAGACCUCCCAUUUAAUUUUUCAGUGGAGAUACUGCAACCUAACCCAGCAACUCCUUCAACGCCCCAUCGUUACGUGCGGCCUAGGCAAGCUCUACAACAAAUCGGCCAUCAUACAGGCCAUAAUCAAUAGAGAAUCGCCACCCCACAUCAGAACCCUCAGGGACGUAAUUACUCUGAACCUAACCCCGAAUCCGGAAUUCCGCGAAAACGGCACAGACCAAAUCGACGUCUCGCCCUACAUCUGCCCCGUGACGGGACUGGAAAUGAGCGGAAAGUACCGCUUCGUGGCCCUGUGGUCCUGCGGGUGCGUGUUUUCAGAGAGAGCUUUGAAAGAGAUCGGUGUGGGGGCGUGUUCCAGGUGUCAGGAAGCGUUCGACGAAGCAGACGUGGUGGUGCUGAAUGGGUUGGAAGGUGAGGUGAGGGUGAAGAUGGAUAUGAGGAAGAAGAGGAAGAAAGAGUGGAGGAAGAUUCAGAGGAUUAAGAAGGUUAGAGUUGGCGAAAAUUUGCAGUGAGUUUGGUGACAACGGUCGCUAUCACCGCAUUAGCAACCACAUGUUGUGUCAUAUCUUUUAAAAUAUGUGUCUGUAUCCGGUGGAGAUACCACAUGGAUGUUUCCCGUAAAUAAAAGAACAGUGAGUGUUACAUAGUUAUCAAAGACAUGGAAAGGCCGUUGAAUGAUUGCCGUUUAACGGUUUACUUGUCGUGAGUAGUUUUGGGAUUAAGCCAAUACAAA